AUGGCCUUUCCGUCCGCCUUGAUCCCUGCUCAUAGCCACUGGCCAAUGGAUAAAUGGAAAAUAGCAGCAUCGCCUGACUUAUUCCCAGAUGAAACACCGCCAGAAGGUUGUGUUGGUGUCACCAACCUGAUUAUGGCAACUGGGUCACCCAAUUCUUGGCUGUCGUGCAUGCUUUCUCCCAGGGAUCCAGCGCCGCUUUAUAAUCAUGAGCGGGGAUUCGUGACAGGUGUCACGCCCCAUUAUCUGGUCCUACCGAACCAAUCCGCCAGAUGUGCCCCUGGCAGAUCCCUGAAGCAGAAGUCGACUGAAGGGCUGUUCCAAACGACAAAAUAUACGCUGGACAACAUCCUUAAGAAGGUGUCGGGCGUUCUGCGCAUCCAAGGCAAGAAACGAGCUCACCCCAUCCGUUUUCCAUUCGUAGUACUUCGCGUUGUGCUACAGAAGGCGCAGAAAUGUGCAACGAAACCGAAGGGUGCUCGUAUGCCUCGUUUAGUGAGUAGACCAUUAAUCGGCCUAUCGACGGGCCUCGCAUCCCUUCCUGGCUUUCAACAACAUCUGUGGCUCUGCUCUGGCGUUCCCGCAAUGAUUCCAGUGAGUGUGGACACGGCAGGUAUGUUGUUUGCUGCUGAAACAACGAAUCGGCUACUCUCAUCACAAGCCUGCAAACCAGCGCUCCCUCCGAGACCUGCGAGUCCCGUAAGAAAAGAAUGCAAACCUGCCGUUCAAUUGUUGCUCGAUGAUAGACGUAUGAAAUAA